UUGAAGUGUUGUUUACAUCCGGAUGGUGGACGGUGAAGUUUGAGGGGUUUUAGUGAGAAAACUGGAUUCACAUCGAGGAGAUCGCCAGUUUUUAUGUGUUAUCGGUACAAAUGGCUUCUCAGAUCCCCAUAACCGUCAGAGCCCAGCCGGCAGCCGCCUCCUCUGCCGCUCUCCGGGGGAAGAAACGUCCCGGCAGCCCGGCAGUCUCAGCCGCUCCACAGGCCCCCGGGUGCGGCAGCAAGAAGAAGAAAGCCCCGCUGAUAGUGACACCGACCGCACCGACACAGAUUACCGUAGUAGAGACGGUGGCAGAGGUGAAGGCAGCGGCAUCAGUCGACAGCGGUCCUCCACCCGCCACAGAGCCCACUGUAAAGCCUCCUCCAUUCAAAGACCCCUCGUUCACGCACUCAGGGAUUGGUGGAGCAGCAGCAGGCAAAAAGAAUCGGACCUGGAAGAAUCUCAAACAGAUUCUGGCUUUAGAGCGGACUUUACCCUGGAAGCUCGAUGAUCCCAGCUACUACAACAUAGAUGCCCCUCCCUCCUUGAAGCCAGCCAAAAAAUACUCUGACAUCUCUGGACUCCCUGCAAACUACGCGGACCCACAGACAAAACUCCGCUUCACAUCCUGUGAGGAGUUCUCGUACAUCCGCCUCCUCCCCACUGACGUCGUCACAGGCUACCUGGCCCUUCGAAAGGCAUCGUGCAUCGUACCCUGACGGUAGAGUGAGCCCUGAACCCGAAUCCAACCAGAGCUGAACUCUGUGUCAUUUGAGGCAGCUGUCAGGGAGGCCGGCAGACUCUGAGAGCUCACAGAGGGGAAACCCUCCGCUGAGAGAUCCACUGGAAAGAUUGUUUCUCACAGUCACAAGUUGAACAUCUGCAUUGCUGUCCUGAAAAAAGCAGCUUGAGUCAUAAUUGUUUCUGUGUGACAAUUAAUUUUUCAAUUAAGAAAAAAACAAAUUGAGUGUUGCUGAUUGCUGGAGGUUAUAAUGUCCCUCGAUCCGAAAAUGUCCAGUGAACUGGACAAAACCUUACAGGGACAGAAAGUUAAUUCUUAAUGUUUAAGUUAAUUGAAAACACAGCAGUAGGCAAUUCCUUUGCAUAUUGGUUCACACGUAUUUCUCGCUGUUCAGGAUAUUUUUAAUUAAUUGAUCCUACAAACCCUGCAGCCUGUUUGGGACCGUCUCAUUCAUUGUGGAGCAGACUGUUGUUUCUCAGGUACCUCAUAGAAGAGUCACUUGUAAGGAUUCUGUGUUUCCUCUUGUGGUAGAAUAUCUGCUUCCAGUGGUGUAAGUGAGUUGUUUCCCCCUUCAGAAACAAUAUCAGUACUCUCAGUGGAAAUGAAUCUGAUUGGUUUGGAGAAGAGUCAUUGUUCUUUUUUUUCAUUUCGGUUUAUUUUGUGUGUAAAAUUUCAUACUAAAGACAACAUGAUUUUU